AUGCGAAUAGUGAACCUCCCCAACCCCUAUCCACCCGUACAUAACGACUUGUUCACCGUUGACAAGGCCAGGUGCAAUGGCAAGGAGUGCUCCACGACGUUACGACUGGCAAAAGCGCUCGAUUUCGAGAGUCAGCGAAUACACCAUGUUCUGAUAACGGCCGAAGAUGGUAACCCGCUGUCGAAUCGAACGCUGUCUUCCACUCACAUGAUCGCCAUCCAUGUGACGGAUGAGGACGAGUAA